GGUGCAUCCACACCACGGUCUUUUCUUUCUUCUCCUCCGCACCGAAGUCGAACCUGCGAGUCUUGGCGUCCCUCCGGCAGCGGUGUAGGGCUCACGUCAACUCCGUGAGCCCUGUUACAUAUGCUUUAAAUAUUUAUGCCGAUUAUACGAAAAUUUUCGAGUGCAGUUUGUUCUACUCCCUUCGUCCCGCGUAAUAUGAGUUUUUUUUUUUUUUGACCCGAGAUUUUAAUUUAAAAAUCCGAUAUUACCCCAUCGUUAUAGCAUUUGACCAAAAUUUGACUAGAAGGAGAUAUUCCUUUAUUUAUCAAGCAAUUUCGUAAAUGGUUGAAAAUUCUUAAAUGCAAGCAUAACUUCACUUAUAUUUAGCAGUACUAAAAGUAUAGUAGCCGAGUUGAUUAGCUGCUGAGUAUAUUACUUAGCAUUUGAUAGAAGAAGAUGAUCGGAAAAUGGGGAUUCUCAGUAGAUUGAUUAGCCCCAACCACCAACUCCUGUAAUUAAAGUGAUAGGAAGAAUCGGAAUCUCAAACCCCACACUCUUCCAGAUCAAGAUUCCCCCAAUUUGGAAGCAAAGGAUUGUGGCAAUGCACCACCACCAACCACCGCCACCCUCCGCCGCCGCAGCCAUUCCUUCCCUCUGCGUCUUGGUCAGCACAACCCUCUUCUCCAUCCUGCUGGUCCUCUCCCUCACGACGGCCCCCACCCGCCCCCAGCCCCUCUCCCAACCCCAUCCCUCGCUCUUCCCCAACCGCCACCGCCUCCUCCUCCACGACAAUCAAACCGCCCCCGCCCCGCCCCCGCCCACAUUAGCCUACCUCAUAUCCGGAUCCGCCAACGAUUCGGGUCGGGUCCUCCGCCUCCUCCACUCGGUGUACCACCCCAGAAACCAGUAUCUCCUCCACCUCGACCGCUCUGCUAGCCAGACCGACCGUGACGCAUUGGCUGUCACCGUCCAAUCGGUGCCCCUUUUCAGGGCUGCGCAAAACGUCCAUGUUAUUGGCAAGGCCGAUUAUGUCUUCUCCAAUGGCCCGUCGGCGCUCUCCUCCACGCUUCACGGCGCCUCCGUUUUGCUCCGUUUGUCGCCCAAUUGGGAUUGGUUUAUCAAUCUCUCUGCUGCUGAUUACCCGCUUGUCACUCAAGAUGAUCUUCUGCACAUAUUGUCGUAUCUACCUAGGAAUCUUAAUUUUGUGAAUCAUACAAGCUAUAUCGGCUGGAGGGAAUCGAGGAAAUUGAAGCCGAUAAUAGUUGAUCCUGCACUCUACCUUACUGACAACAGCGAGAUGUUUUUUGCAACUCAAAAGAGACCACUCCCAGAUGCGUAUCGUUUAUUCACAGUAGGUUCAUCGAUGGCUCUAUUGAGUCGGAAGUUUGUCGAGUUCUUCAUCUUGGGGACAGACAACCUACCAAGAACUCUGCUGAUGUACCUCUCCAACACACGGGCAUCAACUUCCGUCUACUUUCCAACCCUCCUAUGUAACUCCCAUCGAUUCAACCGGACUACAAUCAACCACAGCUUGCAGUACUCUUCUCUCGACUCCAGUCAGCAGCAGGCCCGUCUGCUCAACUCCAGCGACUUCCACGAACUGGUCCAUAGUGGAGCAGCCUUCGCCUCAGCAUUUCCUGAGAACGACCCUGUUUUGGACCAUAUAGAUCGGGAACUCCUGCAGCGUGAUCCCAACAAACCCGUGCCCGGUGGCUGGUGUUUAGGUGACUCUGGUGACCAUAAAUGCAGCAUUUGGGGCGAUGCCGAUGUUCUGAAGCCCGGCCUGGGAGCUAAAAGGCUCGAAAAACGACUGGUUCGGCUUCUGUCGAACGAAUUGACUCAAUGCUUGGAUGAGUAAUACAUGCUUCUGAUUGUGCGUGAAAGGUUAGAGGAAUAUCUGAUACAGGUCUGUCGAUUUUUUGAAAUAUUACUAAUGCAUUUUAACUUAACCAA